UCCUGUCAUGCACGCGGCUGGAAGAAGAAAUCGCUGAAGAGAUCAGCCGGACAGAAAGAGCCUUCAUGAUACUGCCCACGUCACACGCAUUUCCUCAACGAAGUCGCCGAGAACACGAGCCGCACAGCGCGCGAGUCAUAAAGGAAAUCCUCUUUUAUUGCAUUCGCAAAAGCUCCAGUGUCAUUUAGUGAGAGAUGCCGCCAAGGACCGGACUUUUGCUGCUCGCCGUGCUCAUCGCCUCCGCGUAUGAACUGGAUCAGAACGAAUCCUACUCGAACAGGAGAGUACGCUUCUCCCACAACAGCCCCUCAGAUGUGGCACGUUGCUUGAACAGUGCACUCCAGGUGGGCUGCGGUGCCUUCGCCUGUCUUGAAAACUCAACGUGUGACACAGAUGGCAUGCAUGAAAUCUGCAAGUCCUUUCUCUACAGUGCUGCUAAAUUCGACACUCAGGGUAAGGCUUUUGUGAAAGAAAGCUUGAAGUGCAUUGCCAGUGGCAUCACUUCAAAGAUCUUUCUAACAGUCAGACGGUGUUCCACCUUCCAGAGGAUGAUCUUGGAGGUUCAAGAGGAUUGUUACAGCAAGCUGGACAUUUGUACAGUGGCCAAAUCAAACCCAGAAGCCAUUGCAGAGGUGGCUCAGCUACCCAGCCACUUCCCCAACAGGUUUUAUGGGAAACUACUGCAGAGUUUGAUGGAGUGUGACGAAGAGACGGUGGACCUGGUGAGGGCAAAUCUGUUGACCCGAUUAGGCCCUGAGAUCGCCAUGCUCUUCCAACUACUGCAGAACAAGCCGUGUCCGUCUGCUGCAGUACCUACUGGAAUGGAGAGUCGUGGUGGGUGGCGGUGGUCUGUCAGUCCCCAUGGAUACAAGAUCCAGCCAAAUCUACGCAACAGAGAUGCUUCGAAUCUCUUUGGCAAGAAACGCAACAUUGGUGACAGCUCUUAACUUCAGACCAAUUUGCCAGUCCAAACUUAACCAUCGUGCACACAUAUACAAACGCAAAGUGAAAACACACACACAAAUUAAAGCAAGACAAAACAGUGGUUUAUUUUCCGAGGCUAUACAGGGACACAUUCCUUAUCAACUGGAAAAAGGCAUGCACCAGUGUGGAAACAUCUCGAAUGUCCAAUUCCAUGUUCAUCAAUUCAUAUUUGAUGAGUUUUAGACAUUUAAGGGGAAAUCGGCCAGGUUUACAGACCGAUCCGCGUGUAGGCUAAGUCAAAGUCAUCAUGAAAUCCAGCGGGAGUCAUCCAGGCCAUUAUGUAGAUAGCUCUUAGACUUAUUUCCAUGAGAAUAUCUCUAGAAAUGAAAGGAAAAUACUAUCGAAAAAAAAAAAUCCAUAGCCAUUUAUAUAUGAAAUAUAUAAUACAGCAAAGAAAUGUAUGUGUAUAUAAACUGAAUCUAGCAUUGAUGUGAAAUAGUUGGCAUGUGUUAUAGAAAUAAGAGUGUACUAUUUAUUUAUUAACAGAUAUUUUACUACUACUUUAGCUGUAAAUCUCAAAUUGCCUCUAGCCUUUGUGUGAAACUCUCCUAUUUGGCGAGAGCUAUAUCUUUAAAAAUCGAUGUGCAGGAAUUCAGUAAAAUACCAAAAAACUCAAGUUCAAAUGCCGUAAAUCAUAAGAAUCGAGUACAGCAACAGUAGAUGUCAUCGAUCCACACUGGACGACCAAACAAUAUUUAUGAAAUUAGUUAGAGAUGCACAGGAAGGGACAGAUAACUUCUCUUCGCAUUCCUUCAGCUUCUUUCUGUAGACCUACAGGAGCUUUUUUUCACUGUUCGCAAACUCUUGGAUCGCCUUUCUAUUUAUUAUCUGUUCAAAUAGUUCAGUACAAAUAAACUCAGAGAGGAAAUGCAAUUCUAAGCCCUGAGUGCAUUGUUAGCGCUACAUCUAAACACAUAUUUUGGCCAACCUAUUGGACAGAUCAACAAAUUACUCCCUGGUGAAUAUGACAUGUAGAAGUGAGUUCAAGCAUGCUGUUCUCAGCUUUGCUGAGAGAAAAAAGAGAGAAAAAAAUAACCUUAAUGUCUAUUUAAAAACAUGUUAAUUGAAUUAUUAAUAUUUAUUUUCAUACUAUGUUAUUUAAAUUGUUAUUUUAUUACAUUUCUGUGGGCAAUAUUAGUUCAUUCAGCAAGCAUCAGUUUACAGAUA